CUCCCUUAACACAUCCGCAUUUUUUUCCCCAUUCUUCACACAUAUCAGCGAGAAGAGAGAGGAAGAGAGAGAGAGUACGAGAGCGCCACCACCACCUCUACAACUUCCACUAUCAGUUACCACACCAAAAACCCUAACUGUCUCCCAUGGAUCCCGAGGCAGCUCAGCUCCAGCAAGCCCAACUCGCGGCGAUUCUCGGCCCGGACCCCGCCGCUUUCGAAACCCUAAUCUCUCACCUCAUGUCCUCCUCCAACGAGGUUCGAUCACAGGCCGAAAUCUUCUUCAACCUCUGCAAACAGACCGAUCCGAACUCGCUCGCUCUCAAACUCGCCCAACUCCUCCAGUCUUCGCCUCAGGUCGAAGGCCGAGCCAUGUCGGCGAUUUUACUCAGAAAGCAGUUAACUCGGGACGACUCGUACAUAUGGCCUCGAUUGUCGCCCGCGACUCAGUCCUCGCUCAAAUCGAUCUUGCUUUCUUGCGUCCAACGUGAGGAAUCGAAGUCGAUAAUCAAGAAGCUAUGCGACACCGUGUCGGAGCUCGCGUCGGGGAUUAUGCCCGAUAACGGGUGGCCGGAGCUCUUGCCGUUCAUGUUCCAGUGCGUGUCGUCCGAUUCGCCGAAACUCCAAGAAUCGGCAUUCUUGAUCUUCGCUCAGUUGUCGCAGUACAUCGGAGAUACCCUGAUUCCACACAUAAAGCACCUUCACUCUGUGUUCUUCCAGUGCUUGAAUUCGUCAUCUAAUUCGGAUGUGAAGAUUGCUGCGCUUAGCGCCGUGAUUAAUUUCAUUCAGUGCCUGUCGAGUUCUAGCGAUCGCGACCGGUUUCAAGAUUUGUUGCCGGCGAUGAUUAAGACGUUGACUGAGGCGUUGAAUUGCGGGCAGGAGGCGACGGCGCAGGAAGCGCUGGAAUUGUUGAUUGAAUUGGCGGGGACGGAGCCCAGGUUCCUGAGGAGGCAAUUGGUGGAUGUGGUGGGGUCUAUGUUGCAGAUUGCGGAGGCAGAAACCCUAGAAGAGGGCACGAGACAUCUUGCAGUUGAGUUUGUGAUUACUCUUGCUGAAGCGAGAGAUAGGGCACCUGGUAUGAUGAGGAAAUUGCCUCAGUUUAUCAGUAGGUUAUUCGUCAUUUUGAUGAAUAUGCUUUUGGAUAUUGAGGAUGAUCCUGCGUGGCACAGCGCCGAGACUGAGGAUGAGGACGCAGGCGAGUCGAGCAAUUAUAGUGUGGGGCAAGAGUGUUUGGAUAGAUUAUCAAUUGCUUUGGGUGGAAAUACUAUUGUUCCUGUUGCAUCUGAGCAGUUGCCGGCAUAUUUGGCUGCUCCAGAAUGGCAGAAGCACCAUGCGGCUCUAAUUGCUCUUGCCCAGAUUGCAGAGGGAUGCUCAAAGGUGAUGAUUAAAAAUUUGGAGCAAGUAGUGAAUAUGGUUUUGAAUUCAUUUCAAGAUCCUCACCCACGAGUGCGGUGGGCGGCCAUUAAUGCGAUUGGACAAUUGUCUACGGAUUUGGGCCCCGAUUUGCAAGUUCAGUACCAUCAACGCGUGUUGCCAGCAUUGGCUUUAUCUAUGGAUGAUUUCCAGAAUCCUCGAGUUCAGGCUCAUGCUGCUUCAGCGGUGCUCAACUUCAGCGAGAAUUGCACGUCAGAUAUUUUAACACCAUAUUUAGAUGGAAUAGUGAGCAAAUUGCUUGUACUUCUACAGAAUGGGAAACAAAUGGUGCAAGAAGGGUCCCUGACUGCUUUAGCAUCAGUUGCUGACUCAUCUCAGGAGCACUUCCAAAAAUACUAUGAUGCUGUUAUGCCGUACUUGAAAGCUAUCUUGAUUAAUGCAACUGACAAGUCUAACCGCAUGCUUCGUGCCAAAGCCAUGGAGUGCAUUAGUUUGGUUGGAAUGGCUGUUGGAAAGGAUAAGUUCAGGGAUGAUGCUAAGCAGGUUAUGGAAGUGCUCAUGUCGUUGCAAGGAUCUCAAAUGGAGAGCGAUGAUCCUACAACAAGUUACAUGUUACAAGCAUGGGCCAGACUCUGCAAGUGCUUGGGACAGGACUUUCUACCUUAUAUGAAUGUUGUCAUGCCUCCUUUGCUUCAGUCCGCUCAACUUAAACCCGAUGUGACCAUUACAUCCGCAGAUUCAGAUAAUGAAAUUGAUGAAUCAGAUGAUGAAAGCAUGGAGACCAUCACUCUUGGGGAUAAAAGAAUAGGAAUCAAGACUAGUGUCCUAGAGGAGAAAGCUACAGCUUGUAACAUGUUAUGUUGCUAUGCUGACGAGUUGAAGGAAGGUUUCUAUCCAUGGAUUGAUCAGGUUGCCCCAACUUUAGUUCCGUUGCUGAAGUUUUAUUUCCAUGAAGAAGUUAGGAAAGCAGCUGUUUCAGCUAUGCCAGAGCUAUUGCGCUCAGCAAAAUUGGCAGUAGAGAAAGGGCUUGCUCAAGGUCGUAAUGAGUCUUAUAUUAAGCAAUUGUCAGACUACAUAAUUCCGGCUUUGGUAGAAGCUUUACAUAAGGAACCAGAUACGGAAAUAUGUGCAAACAUGUUGGAUGCAUUGAAUGAAUGCCUGCAGAUCUCUGGACCUCUUCUGGACGAAAGCCAGGUCAGAAGCAUUGUCGAUGAGAUAAAGCAGGUGAUAACAGCCAGUUCAAGUAGAAAAAGAGAGAGAGCAGAGAGGGCCAAAACUGAAGAUUUUGAUGCAGAUGAGGGGGAAUUGCUUAAAGAGGAAAAUGAGCAAGAAGAAGAAGUUUUUGACCAAGUUGGCGAAAUCCUGGGAACUUUGAUUAAAACAUUUAAAGCCUCUUUCUUGCCAUUCUUUGAUGAGCUAUCAUCUUAUUUAACACCUAUGUGGGGUAAGGACAAGACACCUGAAGAGAGGAGGAUUGCAAUUUGCAUAUUUGAUGAUGUUGCAGAGCAGUGUCGUGAAACAGCUCUGAAAUAUUAUGAUACAUAUCUUCCUUUCCUUUUGGAAGCCUGCAAUGACGAUAACCCUGAUGUUCGACAGGCGGCUGUAUAUGGACUUGGUGUUUGUGCAGAAUUUGGGGGUUCGGUUAUUAAACCUUUGGUUGGAGAGGCUCUUUCAAGGCUAAACGUUGUAAUUAGGCAUCCUAAUGCCCAGCAACCUGAUAACUUAAUGGCAUAUGAUAAUGCCGUUUCUGCUCUGGGGAAAAUAUGUCAGUUUCAUCGCGAUAGUAUUGAUUCAGUUCAGGUUAUUCCUGCCUGGUUAGGCUGCUUGCCAAUAAAAGGAGAUCUGAUUGAGGCCAAGGUUGUUCAUGAACUGCUUUGUUCAAUGGUUGAAAGGUCAGAUAGAGAACUUCUGGGUCCUAACAACCAGUAUCUUCCAAAAAUUGUGGCAGUAUUUGCCGAGGUUCUAUGUGCCGGUAAGGAUCUUGCCACAGAACAAACUGCAAGUCGAAUGAUUAAUCUUUUGAGGCAACUUCAACAGACACUACCACCAUCGACCCUGGCUUCAACUUGGUCAUCAUUGCAGCCCCAGCAGCAGCUUGCAUUACAGUCCAUCCUCUCAUCAUAGUAUUGUUGGUGACUAGAUACAUCCGCUGUUCAUUGGGACGUUGCUUUGUCCGGUCAGUUUGUGUCAGUCAUAUAUUUGUUACCCCAUUCUUUCCCAUAAGAUGUUCCCGCAAUUCAUUUUGCAGCAACUAGGUGUCGUCGGUUGUGUGGUUGAGUGUGAAUGUCAUUGCAAUUGAAAUGAAACCCCUUGUGUAGAAUGUGUAUACUAAAGAGUGUUAUUCAAUGGUGGGUGGGGGUACUGCAUCCAUAAGGAGGGUCAGUAAUUGUGGUUUGUGAGGUGGUCGUCGGUUGUCGGUCAGUCAGUCGUCGUGUGAGGUUUGAAGGUUUCCGGUGAGGCAAUUCUUGUCGCAGUUUUGGUCGGUCAUGUUUCUGUUAGCGAUUUUGAUAAUACUAAAAAAACUAAAUCAUAAACGGUGGUUUUAUUUAUUA